AUGGCGGAAAAUAAGGAAAGAACUUUUAUUAUGAUCAAGCCCGACGGAGUUCAACGUGGACUCGUUGGAAAAAUCAUUCAACGCUUCGAGGAGAAGGGUUUCAAGCUCGUAGCGAUGAAAAUGGUUUGGGCUCCAGAGGAUCUUUUGAAGCAGCACUACGCUGAUUUGUCUUCCAAACCUUUCUUCCCCGGUCUAGUGAAGUACAUGAGCUCCGGGCCACUUGUUCCAAUGGUCUGGGAAGGUUUGAAUGCAGUUAAGACCGGUCGCGUGAUGCUUGGUGAGACUAAUCCCAAGGAUUCUGCACCAGGAACCAUCCGUGGAGACUUUUGUCUCCAGGUUGGCCGCAACAUUAUUCACGGAUCAGACUCCGUAGAUUCCGCGAAUAAAGAAAUUAAAUUGUGGUUCGGUGGAAAAGAAAAGAAGGAACUCGUCGACUGGGCUUCCUGGGCAGAGAAAUGGAUCUACGAAUAGGGUGAUUAAUUUGUUGUUUAUGCAGAUGAAUUAUUUCCAUGUUCGAUUUAUGCCAGAGUGCUUUGUCUAUGCAUUCCUCAGUAAGUCUUUUGACUACUCAAAAUACUGUCCCUUUGGAUACAAUCAACUCAGUGUAUAUAAAAGAUAACUGCUUUGUUAAACAAAGUAUGAACUUCGUUUUUAAAACAAAUAUAGAAUACCUGCGAAUUUCA